AUGGAUCCUGCAAAAGAAUUUGCAUGCAAAUCCAAAAAGACGACAUUUUCUGAUAUACGUGGGAGCCCUCCUCCUAAGUUAUUAUCGUUCAUAAAUAUGAUUUCUGAGUUUAGCGUGACAUUUGAUAAGUCUGCACUGAUGUUGUUGUGGGACAUGUUAAUUUCUGUAAUAUUAGCCACAAAUCUCCAAAAUGUGUCUCCAUCAACGGAUGAAACCCUAGAGUUAGGAAACUCAAGAUAUUCUAAUGACCUCUGUGUAUGUAUCCAUGCUGGAAACUUAGGACCUAGAAUUGUAUGA